UUGGCAACAAAGUUGUUAAAUUUCCAGAUAAUGGAUGUAGGUUAAGUUUAUAUAAAAUGUUGGAAAAAUAUGCUGCUCAAGUUUUGAAUCACUAUAUCGGAAAAUAUGUUCAGAAUUUCAACCCAGCUAAUUUAUCUAUUGGUUUACUACAAGGUGAUGUUGAAUUAGAAGAUCUUUUAUUGAGACAAGAUGCUUUAAAAGAACUUGAGCUACCUGGUAUUGAACUUGUUUGGGGUUGUAUUGGCAAAAUUUCCCUUAAUAUUCCAAGUUAUAAGAACUACAGUGAGCCUUGGGUUAUUGAAAUACACAAUCUGAACUUGGUACUUAGUCCAUGCAAGCAUUCUGAUGUCUUGGAUGAACUGACAGAAAAUCAACAACAAAUUGACAGCAAGUAUAAACAACUCACUGCACGUGAAGAGAAAUGGCAUGCUACGUAUGGUUUCAAUCGCUCCAUAUAUGGAAUAUGGCAAGCUUAUUCAUCGAGUAUUGUUACCAAGAUUUUACAAAACCUUCAGGUUCGUGUAUACAAGGUUCAUAUUCGAUACGAAGAUGAAACUACUUGCUCAACUUCAUUUGCAUUUGGCCUCCAUGUAGAUUCGUUAUUGAUUCAAAGCACUGAUGAAAAUUGGCAACCAAACCCAACCAACUUAAACUCUGCUGAUAAGAAAUGGAAACUUGUUCAUUUAUCCAACAUGUCAAUGUAUUGGGAUACUAAUGCAAGGUUCUUUGGUCAUGAUAUGCAUGAAAUAAAGGAUUUGAUGAUGAAUUAUAAAGCUGACCUUGUUGAGCCAGAUGCUUCAUAUGCAUCCAAGUACAUUGUCAACCCUGUAAAUAGUGAAGCGAAGUUUAUUCAAGAUUUAAGUUCAUGGCCUUUAAGAUCUGACCUUAACCCAAGGUUGUCAUUUACAAUGGAUCUUCAACUUGUAGCAUUGCAGUUAAGUAAAAGUCAAUAUAAUCAAAUGCUUGCUCUUGGUGAAGAGAUAACGAGGUGGAAUCUACAACACAGCAACAGGGUUGGUAGACCAACCAACACAAUCACAAAAAAUCCACGUACUUGGUGGAGAUGGGCGAUCAUGAAACAUUUGUCAACAAUUAAAAAGAUGAGAGAAAGAAGAAAAAAGGAAUUUAUUUGCAGGAGGGUCAAGUUAAUACUAUGUUAUGUGGAGAAUUACCAAAAACUGUUAAACAUAAAAUAUGUUCUAAAAACUCAGAACAAUGAAGUGAGUGAUAUUGUUUGUCAAGUUGAAGAGGAACUUUCACUCAAUGAACUCUUGAUCCUCAGAGAGAUUGUUUAUGAAAAGUUAGAUAGAAUAAGAAUUGCUAAAAAACAGCAAGAAAAAACAAAAUCGAAACGAGGAUUGAGCAAAACUAAGAAACCCGAUUCUCGUGGCUGGGGUUGGCAUGGUUGGUUUGGUAAUUGGGGUCAAACAAAUGAAGGAUUAAUUGAAAUUGAUGAUAAAACUGAAUCAACACAACCAGUUCAUGAUCAACAGAAGAGUGUUUAUGAGGAACUUGAUGAUAGAGAGCUUUAUGAAAUGUUUGGUGAGGGAUUCACUGAAAAAGAAACAAAUGAUUCAUUUUUAAGAAGAGAUAAUGUUCUGUUGAAAUUAAACUUUAAUUUGGAUAAAGGAUCUAUCACUGUGUAUGAUGAUACUGCUCAUAAGUGCCUUGGUGUUGUUGAUUUACAAUUCAACAGAUUACAGCUUGCAACACAAUGGCGACCAAGAACAAGCACAUAUACUAUGCAAGUUGAUCUUGGAGAUGUAGUAUUGAAGGACCUUGAUAAGAUAAACAAACAUUAUUCCAACCUUGUGAAGUUAUCUGAUCAAAGCAGGCUUGCUACAACUAACACUCAACAACUAAAUAUGGCAACAGAGAACAAGAAGUCUGUCUUCAGUUUAUUUUAUGAAAAACUUCCGAUGUUGACGUCUAAUUCAUCUUCAGAUCGCUUACGUGUUACCACAGCUUCCUUGUCCAUCACUUGCAUUCCUGGUUUAAUGGAGAGACUGAAAAAAUUUGUCUCAAAACCUGAUACUGUUACUUAUGCACACCAUGGGUCGGACCUACUAACAAAUGCAGCACGUCAGAAGUAUGUAGCAUGGAAGCAACACACACAACACGAGAUAUCAAACACUGUAAAACGUAUCAUGGAUGGAAAGGCAGCAACUAAAUUGAAGGAACAUCGUUGGGAAAUAAUGUUGGAUAUUUGCGCACCUGAGUUUAUUUUACCUGAAAACAUAUCUGAUCCCAACACAAAGCUAGUUGUGUUCAACCUUGGUCAUAUCAAGUUUUCCAGUGAUGUUACAAGUAGAGAAGACACACAAGUGGAGAAUAUUGUUCCGAUGGUUGAUGAUUCUGAUGAUGAUGAUGAUGAUUUCUCCACUCCUCUUAACUCCCCACCUCCUGAAUCCACUGUAGAGAUGAAAGUCCCAUCAUCUUCCUCUCCUCCAAUAUUAUCUUCAGAGAACGAGAAACCUGAGGAGUUAAAUGAAAAUAUUAUGAUGGAGAAAAUGUAUGAACGUUUCCAUCUUUCAUUUUCCAACCUACAGGUUAUGGUAACACAGAGGAACAUGGAAUGGUGGAAUGUUGCAAAGAAUCGUGGUCGACAUAAUUUUCAUUUCAUUGAACCUUUCACUGUGGAUUUAGAAAUACAACGUCGUGUUGUAAACACGAAUGAUCCGCUGUAUCCUGCACUGAAAGUUGCUGGAAAACUACCUCAUCUUACUUUACAUAUAUCUGAUAUGAAGGUACGAACAAUCAAAUGGUGCUUCAACCAAUUUAUCUCCAAACCUGAUAAACCAACCAAACAAACUUCUCAACAAACUUCUAAAGGAAACCUUCCAACGACGAACUUAUCUCCUCAUGAGAUGGAACAUGCUUUGUCUGAACAACUACAAUGUGAUUUCAAAAUAAACCAGGUAUCAAUUAUCUUGGAAAAAGAUCUUGACAAUCAGUUUAUUGCUGUGUUACAAAUAAAUCGAGUGCAAACAAUAUUUUCAAGACGACCUUUUGAUGCCUCAGCUGAACUAUCAAUAUACAGUCUUUUGCUUGUUGAUGUAAUGCAGCAACUUGGAAAAGAUUUUGAAUUAUUAUUGGCAUCUCAUCGUAAUGUAUAUUUGGAUGUGGAUAGUGGUCAGAUACUUGACUCUGGGGCAACAUCACCUGACCACGCAUACAGUGCAACAUAUCCAGUGAAACAAAAUGUUGCACGUUGUGCAUCAGAACCAUACAACACAACUACCACUCAUGUUCUCACCAAAGCUGCUCAAAAUUUGGAGAAAUCUGUUGAAUAUUUGAUUCAAGUUCAACUGCAGAUGCUUAAGCAUGGAUCGCCACACAAGGAGGGGAAUAAUGCAAAUGAAGUGACAAUUGUCAAUGCCAAGUUCAACAACCUUGAUGCUGUGUUUAAUGUGAGCAGCUGGACCAAACUUUUGAGUUUUCUUCACAAUUUGUUUCCACAAAGAGAAGAUUCCCAUCGAAGGAAAAAGAGCCGACUUUCCGAUGAACGGAAGCUAAAGUCAACUGCAGGCACGACUCAGCUGAAUUCAAACAAUGACUCAUCAGAAAUCCAUGUCAAUUUUGACUUUAAAAAGUUAAAUUUAUUAUUGCUUCGUCAUGUUCACACUCGGGAUAAAAUUAUCGGACGAAAAGUUGCUACUGUGACGUUACAGACUGCAAAGUUUGUUGGAAACAUUGAAAAUGAACGACGGGAAAAUGGGGAGAGACAAUCCAGUGUUGUGGUUAAUGGUUCAGUAGAAAGUUUACAAGUUCAAGAUCUUACCUUGGUGGAACAAGGUACAUGGAAAACACAAGGUCUUGAGAUAUUUAAUAUCGGAGACACUUGCUCAAUGCUUGACCAGUUUGAUGAUCCUUCUACACAGAAAGCUUUUCUGUUUAAUUUUAUCACAGGAAAAAUGAACGAACAAACAACUUUAACUGAAACUGUUACCUCACAAUCUGAGCAGAGGUUGCCUCAUAAUAAUGAAGAUGUUAUAACUCAUUCAAGUCUUCAAUUUCCCGUGGAAAUGAAAAGGGAAGAAUUGCAACAACAAGCUGGAAAAAUUGAGUCCAAGUUGGAAUUUGAAGUUGCUUUAUUUUGUUACAUCCACUGCCCAAGGUUUGUGGCGGAAAUCCUUGCAUUGGUGGAUGAGGUGAACAAUGUUACCGAUAAAAUGAUGACAACCGCAACAAGACAAGCAUAUAAAGACAUGGCACGUACAAUCAUGGAUAAAGUAUCUGAUUAUAGCAGGAUGGGGAAAACAACAGUUGAAACCCCGUCAUCUCACCCCACUGUAAAUCCUUCAACCACAACCGAAGGUGAUAAAAACAAAUUUAAUUUCUUGAUGAAACUCAAGUCACCAUUGAUAGCUUUACCCAAGUAUGCUGGAAGUUAUGAACUGCUGGUGGCGAACCUUGGUGAAAUAACUGUGUGCAAUCAACAUGAGCCAUCCAGUGGAGUUGGUGCAAUGGACAAACUUCGUAUAAACAUUGUGAAUAUGAAUCUGAGAACUCACAGACAAGUUGUUGCUUCAAAUACUUCAUUCAAUAUUUGUCCUGGAGCUAAUAUCUCGCAGUUAAAAAAGUUGGCAAAUAAGAGUUCAAGUGUGGAUUCAAAUGAAACAACAGACUUUGAAAUCCUUCAUAACACAACUCUACAGCUAACUGUGGAUAAAAUACCAUUCGUACCAAACAAACGUAAACAAUUUGAUGUCCGUGCUUGUUGUGAGGGGGGGAAAUCAACUGAUGGGGUUUCGUCAUGUUGUGGUGUAUUUACCGCUUGUGUUGGUGAAAUAUCAGACAAACAAAUGAAGGUUGCCAUUCACACAUCAUCUGCUACUACAGUCAGCUUGUGCAAGUCAGCUUAUGAACAAAUACUGAAGACACUUGAUAAUAUCGCAUAUGGUGAAGAUAUAGAUGAUAUAGCUGAUCCGCAUACAAUCCAUUUAUCACAUUCUGCACCAGAUGUAUCAACUAAAUACAAAAAUACAUUCGACAGAAGACAAACUUUAUCAAGUGCAUCACUUCAUCCCAACCAACCAAGCCUAAAUGAAGAAUUCACACUUUUUGAAUUUCCACGAUGUGAAAAACAACAGGAACCUUUGGUGACCCCCCAAAUAAGGAAGUACACACCCCUCCAUGCAGAUUUCACUGUCCCAUGUUUAAUGUUCCAACUUGAUGGUGAUCUUGGUGAUGGACAGCAGGGAAUUGUUAAAGUAACAAUACAAGAAUUUAAAGCUUCAUAUGAAAAAGAGAACAGGUUUGCCACAUCUGUGGAUUUCUCACUUGGUUCAUUGGAUAUUGAAGAUUUAUUACAAGCUGAAAGUUCACGUAACAGAUAUAUUGUGGUAUCAUCACGACAAACUAAACAAAAGGACAAUUCAUCUACCGAUUAUAUUUCAACUUCAUGUCCGUCUGUGUUUCCACACUUCACAUCAAACACUUUCAAAUUAUCUCAGUCCUUACCAACAUUGGAGCAACCAUACCAGGAACCUUUGAUACAAGAUGAAGAUACACCAUACAUUGAACAAACAUGUAAUGACAAGUUGGUUCGUAUAAAUGCCUUUCUUAUUGAUGGUAAAAGUGAAGCAUACAACGUGGUAUAUGGAAGAACCAACAGAUUUAUUGAUAUUGACUUCAAUUCAUUGGAUUGCAAGGUGAACCUUGAAACAUGGGUGGUGUUACUUGACUUCUUUGGAAUUGGAACUUCCCCCAAGAAAACUUAUCGAAUAGAUAAAGAAACGGAACAAACUUUCCCGACCAUGCAUCAACUUGAAGUCAGAUCAUUCUAUGAGAAUCAACCAGAUGUUCAUAUUAAUUCAGAAAUUGAUUUCAAUGUGAAACGCUUUAGUUUAAUGUUUGUGAAGACAAAAUAUGAAUUACUACGAGCUGAUAUCACCAACCUUAUGCUGCAUGCACAACUUAAAGAUGGGAGAAUGCGAGUGAAUGGUCAACUUGGGGGGUUGGCAGUUUCAGAUUUAAGUCCAAAUGGAUUCUUAUUCAAAGAACGUUUUAUUUUUACCGGAGACAAAGCCUUGGAUUUUGACAUUAUUAAGUUUGAUGAUUAUGAUUAUAACUUGGAGCGAUCAUUUGACAUAAGUGUCAGGUUAAGAAUGGCUUCCAUACGUUAUGUACACACCCAACGAUUUCAAAACGAAACCAUUGCUUUUUGUCAGCACUUCCAACAACUGCAAGAAGUGUUGGGACGCAUGCGAGCUGCCUCCGUUGGUCAAAGUGUUCGUGUUGCUGCUUGUAGACAGGCAAGGAUUGCGUUGGAUUUUGAAACUGGCCCAGCAAUUAUUCUUAUUCCUGAAUCAAGUCACACGCAUCGAGUGGUUGUGGCAAAUCUUGGUCGUAUAAUUGUAAAGAAUAAAUUCCUGAAGAAUGGAGAAGUUGGCACACUGUCUUCUGCAAGGAACGUUUCAACAAACGACAACGGACACGAUGUUUCAACGCUGUUUGUUUCAAAUGAGUUACAACAAAUAACAAGAUCAGGUACAUUUCAUCGUGCGUGUGUUCUUGAUGUUAUUCAUGUUACAUUGGUGGAUAUGGAUCUAUACACUGCAUUACAUCAUCAUGAAAUUAUCAAAAAAAACGACAAUGAAACUCUUGUAUUUCCAUCGUACACUGUAGUGCUGGAUAAACGACCGUUAUUGACGCAAAAAGUUCAACUAAAGUUACAAUUGGAAAGGAACUUGGAGAAAGAAAUCACCCACAAUGGUGUGCCUGAUACUGCAUUAAGUGCCCAGCUAUCUUCAGUGGAUUGCAAACUUGAUCACAAUCAAUAUUGGUUGAUACGUGGUGUAUUGGACCAUAAUGUUGGUGAGGCCAUCCCUGACUUUCCACAACCAACUGCAUUUCUACAACCAUCUGAGUUACAAACGGUGUUAACAGGAGACGUAUAUACUCAGUUAAGUCUUGAUGUAACUUUAACAAAUGUUAGUAUUGAGUUGUUGAAACGACACGCAACAUCAACUGAAGCAGAACAAUCGCUUGGAAGGUUGGACUUUUUAAAGUCCGUGCUAGAAUACCGUGCGUUAUCAAACAACACAAAGACGGCAAAUUUGUCGUGUGAGGCGUUCCGUGCCCAUGAUACACGCUGGACCUCGACCAAAGAGAAAAACUUGUCGCUUGUAACAGUCGUUCUUGGCCCGACACAAACUACAACGAACAAAUCAAAAGAUGAAACGAAAACUUCACUGCAGUUUGAAUUGUUUCAAAGAUCUGGUCCUAAUUGUGUUGAGUUUGUUGCUGUGUUGAACAGUAUGCGUGUGAUUGUUAUAUUGGAUUGGUUGCUUGAUAUGCAACACUACAUACUUGAUAAUCCAGAUCAAGAAAGGUUUAUUGCGUUAAAAGAGAAAACAGCAAAACUCAUGGCCAAAUAUGGUCAACAGGAUUCGGGAAACCAACAAGACUUGGACAAUUCCGGUCAACUUAACCCAGUUCCUCGUAACACUGACAUGAGACUAAGUAUCACUGAGACAGAGUUUGUAAUGUUUGAGAACUUGACUUGCGUUGAAACCGAUGCAAUCAUAUUGAGAUCUACUGCUGUUAUCAACUAUGCACCUGAUAAUUCUUCUGUAAAAAAUGAUCUUCCAUUUAGAUGCAGUCUGGAACGUUUAGAGAUAUUUUCUUGCCAGUUAAACAAUGAGAAAGAGACUGCUCUUUCUAUAAUAGAUCCGGUCACCUUAAGUAUUGAGGUUCGUAAACUUAAACAAAGUGAUCUGCUACCAAGUGAAACAUUAAACGAUCGGUUAAACAGCAAUAUAUUAGAUGUCUAUGUUCCUGAUUUGAACAUGAGAGUUUCUUUUAAUGAUGUCAUGUUGAUACUUGCUGUGUUCAAGUCACUACCAAUGCAAUUAUCAAACAAAAAUGAAGAUAAUCAACCCUCGACGUCACAUGACACAUCAACAUACCAAUACACGCAAGCUUCUGUUGUUAAACUGGUUGAACUUGGUUAUUCGAAUGCUGAUGUCAUCCAUGCAUUGAGUGUUCACUGUGGAGAUGAAGAGUUGAGUAUGAGAUGGCUUAUGGAACAUGCUACAUUACAACCAACAUAUAAGAGCAAGAAUAAGGAGCUUCCAUUACACUUGAGUCGUGUAUGUUGUCAUAUUGACACAUCACGCUUGUGUUUGAUUGAUGAUUGUGGUGAUGAUUGUGACGUUCCAUUAGCUGAGUUCACGAUACAACAACUUGUGAUAAAACAACUUCUCGCAACUCAUAUGACGAACAAGUUUACCGAUACUUUGUUUGGAGAAAUUGGAUCGGCAAGUUUUAAAUUAUCCGCUGAAUAUUAUAACAGAGUUCUGUCAUUGUGGGAACCCUUCAUUGACCCAUGGAGGUGUGUUAUUGAGUGGAAGCAUAUUAUCGCUAAUCAUAACAUGGGAGAAUGGUGGAUGAAGUUGGAUACAUCUGAUAGAUUUGACUUGAGUGUUACAAGCACACUUAUUGAAACUAUCAAGAAAACUCAUUCAACAUGGAUUCAACAUUAUGUUGAUAUCAACAAUCAACCUGCAACACAAAAGUUAAAAACUCGAAAUCCGUUUGUCCCGUAUAUAUUGAGAAAUUUAACCGGUUGCCAACUUUCAUUUGUCAUCAAAUCUACAACUUCUACUGACAAUAAGAGAGCUAGUGUUGGUACAUGGAAAGUAUUAGAACCUGGUCAGCAAUCAUCUUUCCAUUUUGCUUUGUUUCAUGAAAAGCAAAGACAUAAAAGAACACCACUUCUUAAAGAACAUCAGAUUCGAGUAAAAGUUGGUGAAUGGAAAGAGUUGGCAGCCGUAACAGUGAGCAGGGUGGGUGUGUUCUUUAGACAUGCCGUCAAGGAAAUCAACAAAAGUUCAACUGUUUAUGCAAUCCCGGAACCCGUUCGCGUUGUGUUCAGUAUAACACUAGUGGGCAGCGCACAAAAGGUGAUCACCGUGCGAUCAGCGCUUGUUGUGCAAAGUAAAGUGAAAGUUCCUGUGCAGUUACAGCUUGAUGGUGGGCCUAAUAUAGGAGUGCAUACUUUGGAAAGCAUAUCACCCGGGGAAUCUCAGUACAUUCCACUUCAACUCACAUCAAGUCAUAUACGUGUUCGUCCAAAGAUCAAAUCAUCUCAACAUCACUUCAGUUCAACAUCUGUUACAUGGACACCUGUAACCAAGUCCAGCCCAGAGCAAUCCACAAUGCUUGAAUGUCCAGCUAUCACAUCCCAAUCUUCAUUUUUUUUUUCGAUCUGCAUCCAACGUGAGGAUUUUCCAUCGGAUGAACAAAUUUAUGAAAAUCUUGGAUUAAAUGAGCAGGAGGAUGGGUUUCAAAUCAUUCCCCAACUUCCAGGACACACAAUUAUCAUCCUUCCCACCAUCACUAUUUCAAAUCUUCUUCCAUGUGAUCUGUAUUACUAUGUCAAGAAUGAAGCUGUAGAAGGAACAUUGAAACCUGGUUUAGAUGCCACCCCCCACACAAUAGCUGUUCAACAAACUCAAUCAUCUGUUAUUCUUGGUUGUCUCAUUGAAAACUUUAAAACUUGCAGAGAAUUAGUCAUUCCUUCAAAUGGAAAAAAUUUCCAAAUGCGAAUGCUGUUGAAAGAUCAUAACAACGCAACUUUAAUAUUAAAUGUUCGGAUAUUAUGGAGAUAUGGUUGCUCAGUGAGAAUUUCUGUCAUGGCGGGAUACUGGAUCGUCAAUAAAACUGGCUUACCUAUACUUGUAAAGCAAGAUGGUACAAACACAUUAGCUGCUGGUCAGCAUGAAGCUCAUGAAGAAGCACGAAGUUUGCAACCUUUGUUAUUCUCAUACGCUGAUCGUGACCAGCCAUACUUAUGCACUAUGAGGGUUGGUAAGAAGGCUCAGAUAGGAGGUACGACUCAUGGACAACAAACUCCUUGGUUCUGUGAGAAGUUUUCAACUGAUGGUGGAUCAUGUACAAGAAAUUUACGAAUGAUAACAUCAGAUGGAACACCAAAUCGUGAGUUUUGCAUCGGCAUCAGUGUUCGUAGAGGUUGGGGAAGAUAUAUGCACACACAUAUAGUCACUGUUGCCCCAAGAUUCUUACUAUUCAACAACACUAAGCAUAAUCGACUUAGUUUUGCACAGAGACAUACAAUAUCCAACCCAAUGGACCCUGUUGUUAAUGCAACUCAUUUAACCAUUAUACCAGGAUCAAGUGUUGUGUUCCACUGGCCACGAGUUGAUCGAGAUACUUUAUUAUGCGUUCGAUUGGCUGAUGAACCGAUGGUUCGAUGGUCGGGUGGUUUCCUCAUUGAUCGAACGGAUGCUUUCCAUAUUCCAUUAAGAUUGCAACCUUCAACUAUCUUAUAUCAAAACGCGGUCCAUCCUCUUGCUCCACAUUGUAUCUUCCUUAAUAUUGAAGUAACACUCAACAAUGCAACAUACACUGUAUGUGUGAGUGAUGCAGAUCCUUCCAUGCUCCCCCCACCAUUACGUGUUGAUAAUAUAUCAUCUGCACCUAUUAUAUUUAACCAGUUUGACACAACAGACACGAUUGAAGUUGAUGGUGAAUCACAAGUUGCAUACGCGUGUGAUGAACCAUGCAAACCACAGAAGUUACAAUGCCAAGUUAAAGGUAGCCAUGUACAAGCUGUUAUUGACAUGAAUGACCUGGAUUCAGAAAAACAACUUUAUUACGACAAUUACAUUUAUAUCAGUGUUGGGUCAACAAAACAUAAUGAAGUGUUGGUGUUUGAUGUUGUGUCCGAUGAUAAACAAGUUGUUCUCCAACCUCUGCAACGAGGAAAGAGAUCUCAACUGUGGAGAAUGAAAAGUGACGGGAGGAUUUUCCACGAGGGAAGCGCUCCACCUAAUAAGAAAAUUUACCAUUCAUCAUCAACAAGCCACAGGGAAAAUUAUUUCGUUCUCGAUAUUUCGGAGAUGGCAAUCAAAGAUGACCUGGGUAGGGGAAUACCCCUUUCAUUGAAGCGUAAAGAUGAGCGAAGAAACUCAACGCAGACGUGGUGGUUCGAGGAUCAUGGAAGGUUACAUUGCCUGCAUAGAAAUCUAUGUGUACAGGCAAAGGAAUUAAAACCAGGAAAUCUUGUUGUCCUUGCUUCGUUCCCUCAAGGUCGGGUUUGUCUUCCUCAUGAGUUGUGUCAACGACAUAAACAUAUUCCUGGUAGUGGAGUGUUGUCGCUUAAGGUUGUAAGAGACGGGCCAACACGAGUUCUUAGGAUUGUUGAUAUCAGACAGAAGCGAGCAGGUGUGUUGACACCACAUAAACCAGAUUGGACGAUCCUUCAAUCCCACACACAUAAUAACAUUAAGUUUCACACCAACUUCUCCAUGAUGAAAGGUAUUGGUGUGUCGUUAGUUAAUAACACACCAGAAGAGCUUAUAUACAUUACUAUGAAUGGAGUUACUGUGGACAUGAGUUCUCUACAUGGUGAACAGUCAAUUACUCUGAAAAUGCAGAAAGUUCAGAUUGACAACCAACUAAUGAAAUGCCAAUACCCUGUGAUGCUAUCCGCACGACAGACAUCAUCGUCAUCCACUGAUCCACUUGUGUCUAUACACACUGUUACACAAGCUUCAUCUAGUAGAAUGUAUGGAAUAUACAAAUCACUAAACAUUGAUGUUGGGCGUUUAUCUUUACAACUUGAAGAACAAUUACUUCUUAAACUUCUUUAUUUUAUCGGUUAUGGGAAAAUAUCUUCACAACAAGAUACCGAAUUAUUGGAUGAAACAAAAGUUGUUGAAAUGAACACGUCAUCUGACACAACAACAACCCAUAGAUAUUAUUUUGAAGCAAUUCGUUUAUCAGCCAUGCCUGUCCAGCUGAGUGUGUUCACUGCAUCUCGUUUAUCUCCUGAACUUAAAGCUGUGAAACAAGCGCUUAACCUCACACUGGUUCAGUUUGAACGAGCCCCUGUGAUAAUAAAGUCAUACACCAAACAUCAUGUUUUUGAAAAUAUUUCUUUUAUUCUCAAAGAUGUUACAAAGUUCUUACGCGACCAGAUGAUGGGACAAGCUGCCAUGAUCUUGGGUUCCGUGGAUUUUCUUGGAAAUCCAAUUGGUUUGUUGAGUGAUGUGAAAGCAGGUGUUACUGGGCUGGCAAAGGGAAACUUUCAAAACAUGAUCAUGCAUUUCACGCACGGUGUUUCCAAUUCAACAGCAAAGGUGACCAGCAGUUUGUCGAAAGGACUUGGUGGGAUCACGAUGGAUGAUGAAUAUGAUGAAACACGAAGAAUGAUUCAAGAAAAUGCUCACGAUGCUGGUGGUCAUGUUGUGGCUGGUGUGCAGGGUUUGAUGGCUGGUGUGAUUGGUGGCAUAACAAGUGUGAUCACACAACCAGUACGAGGGGCGCAGAAAGAUGGAGCAAAAGGUUUCUUUAAAGGGAUCGCAAAGGGAGUAAUAGGAACUGUCACCAAACCUGUCACUGGUAUGUUGGACCUGGCAUCAGAAUCUGCAUCGGCAGUUCGUGAAAUAAGUGUCACAAAAGAACAACAAACACAACGUGUGCGACCAACUCGAUGCUGCCACAGCUUUCAGGGUUGUUUACAAAGUUAUUCAUUCUCACGAGCAAAAGGUCAACAAGUUUUAUAUUCCGUCAAUCGACACGAUUUCUCCGAACACUUCUAUGCAGAUUCAACUUUAAGUUUUCCUUCUCAGGAAAAUGUUCUUGUGAUGAUCACAAGCAAGAAAGUUUAUUUUAUAAACGGGAACGAACCAGAUCCCGACCAUGUAUGGUUACUUGUUGGAUACGAUGAUUUGGUGUCCGUGCAAGUCUUACCAUCUCAAUCUACUUCGAGCAGUGAAAGUGCUAAACUGGAGCUUACGAUUAAAUCAAAACACCAUGGAAUACCAAGCCAUAAAAAACCUCAGGUGACCUGUCACUCAAAGGCGCUAGCGGAAAGAGUUUGUGAACGAAUCAAUUUUGCUAAAUCUUUAUUUAACGAACGGUCGGAAACUUUAUGUUAUGGCUCAUCUGACGUUGGCUCGGAUAGGUCGUUCGAUCUGGAUGUUUGACACAUUUUUUCUCUUUUUUUAAAUUUUUUAUUGUUUAUUUAAUCAGUGUGAUGAUGUCAUAAUAGUAAUUGUUAUUCUUCUAUUUAUAAAUAACCUCCCCUGAUUCCAUCACUGGAUCCAAAAUGUAGCAAAUUUCGUGAAAUUUAUUUUAAAUAACCGCAUGUAACCUAUUGUUACGUCACAUACUUAUUGCAACAGUUUGAGACUAAUGAGUUUAUUAUUGAUUAAAAACGAAAAUUCAACUUGCGAAAAAAUAAAUAAAACGAAAUUAUUUUCAA